GAGACGCCGAAAAAGGUGAGAGGGGAGGAUCAUCCUGAUACACUGAUGGCCAUGGGCAUCCUUGCCGUGAUCAUGCACCGCCAGCAGAGGAAAGAAGAGGUUCUCAAGCUCCUGGCAAAAUGUGCACAAGCACAACGUCGGGCCUUAGGCGCUGACCACCCCGACACUUAUUUUUCGUCUAGGAAGCUGGCG